GGAAGGCGGGUGUUGGCCGUGGCGUCGGGGGAGCGCCGGAAGCAGCUGAAGAAGGCGCCCCGCUUGUGGGGAGCGCCUCUGCCGUGCCGCGAGUGCCAGAGCCGCCGGCGGUUACCAAUCCACCUCACUACGUGAUCAUCCAGACCACACUGCCUCAGUUUAGCCAGAAGGAUGCUAUGGGAAACAGUGCCAGAUGCUUUACUGAAAUCAAGAUAAACCACAUCGCCUGCUCAACCAUCAUCAAUCCACCUGGUUAUGUACUCAUAAAAGGCUAUUAGGGAUUUUUUUCUGUGGGUAAUUGAAUGGGUCUUCAAAAGCAGAGCUGUUAAAACUGACAGAAAAUGGCGUAUCGAAGAGAUGAAAUGUGGUCUGAAGGACGAUAUGACUAUGAAAGAGUUUCAAGAGAACGUCUCCCUCCAAGGAUUCAUCCUGCUGAUGAUUAUCACAGAGUAGUAAAUACUGUGCCCAAGAAACCACCACUGCUUGAAAGACCUGGGGAUGGGAAUUACAGUCGAUAUGACGAUUACAAUCAUGCUGAGUACAGAGACUAUGAAGAAGGUCGCAGUUUCGCCUAUGACCGAAGAAGUGGCCCACCACAUCGAGGUGUACAUAAGGAUGAAUCAGGAUACAGGUGGCCACGGGGUGAUCAUUCUCUAAGUCGGCAGCCUGAAUACAGGGAUGGCUUCAGAGAUGGCUUCAGAAGAAAAAACUUCUAUCCUUCUCACUAUAUGAGACAGCGAUCCCCACACAGGAGGGACUCGCCUUUCUUCAGGGAAUCACCAGGGAGCCGAAGGGGUUCUCCACACAGCAGAUCUGGCUCUAGUGUCAGUAGCAGGAGCUACUCUCCUGAAAGAAGCAAAGCCUAUCCUUUCCACCAGUCCCAGCAUAGCAGAAGUAUGUCAUCUUUACAUAAAAGAAAUCUUUCUUCUCAGCAAGGUAAGGAGAGGACAUUGGUUCCAUCACUGAAAACAUCAAGAGAUGCAUCACCUUCUGGCUCCACAACAGUACUGUCAUCGAAGGCCGUGGAUAAGAGCCACAGACUAUCAGAAAAGGAACUUGCAGAAGCUGCAAGCAAAUGGGCAGCUGAAAAGGCAGAGAAGGCCAAUGAAAACGAUAUACCUGAGAUAGCAGAUUAUGAUGCUACAUCUUCAGCUCCAUUAUACAUGGAACACGUAGAGGAAACGGAAACAAAUAUAACGGACAGCACAGAGUUAUAUGAGGAUGGUCAGCUUCUUGGUCGCUCUAAAGCAAUUGCAGCGAAGAUUAAGGAGAUUGAGCAGGUCUACAGACAAGACUGUGAAACCUUUGGCAUGGUAGUGAAGAUGCUAAUUGAUAAAGAUCCAUCAUUGAAGAAGUCCAUUCAGUUUGCCCUGAGGCAGAAUUUGCAUGAAAUAGGUGAGCGAUGUAUUGAAGAACUCAAACAUUUCAUUGCACAGUACGAUGCUGCCAAUCAAGAUCUGUCAGAAUCCUUCAAAGAGGGCUCAUACUAAGGACAAAAAUAAGCCUUUGGGAUCCUCUGUGUUGUGUAUGCCAUAAUACAUAAAUCUUCUUUCCAUGGGAAAAGGAGGGGAACUUGUUGGAAACUUGAAUCCAAGGUCUCAGCUCCGUAAUAGCUCUGGUGGCUAUACCUUGUUCCCUGUGGUCUUCACAAGCAUAUUCUUCCUACCUGUACUUGUUGACAUCUGUUCCUUUGAAAGAGUGUUCUUGUAAAGAUGCUGUAAAGUGGCAAACUGCUUUUUAAACCUUUAUGCAGUUACCUAGGGGAAAAAAAUCAGUUCCACAUACAUACACUUAUGCUCUGAUGUUUGUAAGUGUAACUUUAAACACUGUGUUUUUUAUUAAAAUAACAAGAAGCUACUCUGCAUUCCUCAGCUUCUCCAGAAAUAUGUCUUGGUUUCAUACGUGCUACAGGAAGGGAAGACUUGCAAAGCUGGUCACAGCUGUGGUCUGAAUUAUUUAUUAUACUUUAAUCUCCGGAUUUAUUCUGUAAUUUCUAUUCUGUGACUGCUGGAGCAACUCUAACUGCUUAAAGUGAGAAGUGCUGCAUUCUUUCUUCUAAUUGCCUGUUAAAUUUUGGUGGUUUCCAUAUCACCACUCGUUACCAGGAAGCAGUAUUAUGUAGGAUGGUUUCCACUUUUUGCUACUAUUUGCUGCUAAUCAUUUCCUUUAAUUUUCUUUUUGCUACAUCUUACACAGUGUAACUCUAGGCAGCCUCUGAGAAUGGAGAAAUCCCUUCUCCUCCUCUCUUACUUCCCCUGCUUGCAUCUUCUCACCAGUUUUAAUCCAUCAUUUUUAAAAAUUAGAUGUCUGUGUGUAUUUUUUGUUGCUAACAUGAGGGAGGAGUAAGUAUUUGGAAUGGCAAGGAAGGCAAGUAGGACUCUCUUUAGUAUAGAGUCCAAGUUGUUUUGUAUUAGAUGUAGCAUGAAAUUGAAAACUAAGGUCCCAAAUCCAUCAUCAUUUCAAACAUAGGUGAUUCACUGUUGGAUUGUGUACAGGUACUGUUUGUUAUCAAUGUGUUAGGAAAAGGAGUAAUUCAGUUACAACAAGGUGAGUAUAAGACACAAAGGUUUUGUAUGCAUUUGCAUUUAGAAACUUGAAACUCUGUAAAAGGACUUAUGACCAAAGCUUGCUGUUUCCAGAGUGCACAGUGUUUUAAAAUCAUUAAGUCUUUAAAUCAGCCUCUUUAUUAAGGCAGCUUCUCAGAUUUCAUCAGAAUGUAAAUGAAACAGCAAGGAUGUUUUAUGUACAAAGUACUGUAUGUAUCAGAGCAUCUGACACAUGCAAAUGUUGAUGUGGAAUAUGAAGUAUGUUUGAUGUCAGAUUCCUGAGAUGCCUGAUUAGUUUUUAUGUUGGUGGGGUGUGGGUUUUGCAGUUGGUGUUUGUUGGUUUCUAAGAGGUCACAUUGCUCAAAGGAGGUGACCUGCAACUUAACCUUGUUGGCUUCUGGGAUCGUGUGGGCUGCACAGCAAGUGGGAAUCAGCUCAGGGAUCAUACAGGAUGCUGGUUGGGGAAGGAAGAGAGGGAACCUGUUGUGGCAAAGUAGCUAGACCUGCCCUGUCCCUUCUGGCAACAACCUGUUUUGCCAAGAUCAGUCAUGAAAUCCCAGGCAGUCUUCUCUCAGGCAGAGGUAUGAGGGACUUCACUACUUGUCUGCGGAACCAGGGGCCUUCAGGGUGUGACAGCAGAGUUUCUGCUUUGGGUUUGAAAGGCUAAUGAAUAAAAAAUACUGUAAUAGUGUUUCAUAUAUUUUUGCUUUAAAAUGUUCCUUGUUACUGUACAGUUUGUUAGGGUCUCCUUUGUUAGAAGACUGAUUAAAUUUACUAUGACAAAAGAAUCUGAUUUUUGAGGUGUUCUGUAUAGACCUAAGCUUACAGUCAAAGAAUCAUAGAAUAUCUGAAAUAGGAAGACUCAUAAAGAUCAUUGAGUCCAACUCUGCUCCCUGCUGAAACACCUAAAACUGAACCAUGUGACUAAGUGCAAAUGCUCCUUUUACUGGCAAGCUUGGUGCUGUGACCACAUCCCUGGGCAGCUUGUUGCAAGUGACUGACCACCCUCUUGCUGAAGAAUGUUUUCCAGAUGUCCAAUCUGAACUUCCCUGAUGCAGCUUUAUGCCAUUUCCUCAUGUCCUGUCACCAGAGAGAGGGGAUCAGCACCUCCCCCUCUACAGCUUCUUCAAGAGGGGCAGCAGACUGUGAUGAGGACCUCAGCUGCUCCUUGUAAGUCUUGCCCUUGAGGCCUUACAACAUCUUGGUCACCCUCCCCUGGGCACACUUUAAUACUCUGCUGUCUUGCAGCCCCCAAAGCUGUACACAGUACUUGAGAUGGGGCUGCGCCAGUGAGGAGUGGGACAGUCCCCUCCUUUGACUGUCCAGUUGUGCUGUGCUUAAUGUGCCUCAGGACACGGUUGGUCCUUUUGACUGCCAAGACACACUGUUGACUCCUUUAACUUGCCAUCAACACAAACCCCUGGACCGCUUUCCAUAGGGCUGCUCUCCAGCUUCUCAUGCCUGUUUGUACGUAUAACCGGACCUACCCUGGCCCAGGUGGAGAAUCUGGCACUCGCCCUGGGUACAUUUCACAUGGUUGGUGAUUGCCCAGCUCUCUGGCCUCUCUGCGCUUGGAGUCACAGAAUUGUUUAGGCUGGAAAAGACCUUUAAGAUCGAGUCCAGCAAUUAACCUAACACUACCAAGUGUGCUGCUAAACCAUGUCCUUAAGCACCAUGUCUCCCUCGAGAGAGUCCAUAGCUGCUAGUUUAAGUAAGUAAAGUUUGCUGAUGGUGUUAAUGUACAUUUGACUCCUAUGUCUGUAUCCUUCAUAAAAACACUGAGAGCAGUGGUCCUAGAACAGCCCUGGGGAACCUGACUGGUGGCUAUCUGCCCAGCUGAUGUCACCCCAUUUACUGUAGCUCUUUGAGCCAACCCCUCAGACAAUAUUCUUAAUUUUUUCAGAUUAGCUAAAAGAUCAGUUAGAUCUUUCAAAACUUUGUUAGCUUGUCCUUAUCUUCAUCUGACUUUUCUUUUUAAACUGAUUAAAUCUUACUUAGGAACUGAGGAGCCUUUUGAUAUUUCUCUAAGUUCUGUCUCUAUGAAAGGCUUAAUUCACCCUCGUGAGUGAUCAGUAACCAGUUUUCCAUCCAAUACUUGCUGUUACACUGAAUAGUCACCUUUUGUGCUAUAUGCUUCUGUUGAUGUAAGUAAAAUAUUGUGCCAAUCACUUAAGAAAGAAA